GGACGAGUUACUAUUCAGAACACUGUCUGAAUGCAUUGUGUGCACUGUGUCAUCAGGAAGUCAUGAUGUAGUGGAGUAAAGUUAUCGAACAUGAAACUCUUUGUAAAUAAAUGAAGGUAAACAAUCUCAGAGAUGGCGAAAUUACAGCAUCAAGUGAGCUUUGCUGAGGAGAUAGAGUAUAAAGAGCUGAAGUUUGAAGGGGUUGUUGGUAAAGGUGCAUUUGGUGUCGUCAGUAAAGUCAAAUGGAGAGGAAAGUAUGUUGCUGUCAAGAUGAUCGAAUCCGAAGAGGAAAUCAAGGCAUUUAGGGUUGAGGUACGACAGCUAUCUCGUGUGUAUCAUCCGAACAUUGUGACUCUGUAUGGCGCUUGCACUAGACACCCUGUAUGUCUAGUCAUGGAGUAUGCUGAGGGUGGAUCAUUAUAUAACAUACUGCAUGGAGGACCCCCUAAAGCUAUCUACACAGCAGCUAAUGCAAUGAGUUGGGCAUUCCAAUGUGCUAAAGGAGUUGCAUAUCUACACUCUAUGACUCCAAGGGCACUUAUUCACAGAGAUCUCAAGCCAGCAAAUCUUUUACUAAUGGCUGGAGGUACAGUGCUGAAGAUAUGUGAUUUUGGAACAGCGUGUGAUAUUCAGACCCAUAUGACAAACAAUAAGGGAAGUGCUGCUUGGAUGGCACCAGAAGUAUUUGAAGGGAGUAACUACAGUGAGAAGUGUGAUGUAUUUAGCUGGGGGAUCAUCCUAUGGGAAGUGAUCUCUAGAAGGAAACCAUUUGAUGAGAUUGGUGGUCCUGCAUUCCGUAUUAUGUGGGCAGUACAUGAAGGAACCAGACCACCUAUGAUUCGGUCAAUUCCUAAACCACUGGAGAAACUUAUGACAAGGUGCUGGGCUAAAGAGCCACCUCAGAGACCUGCAAUGGCUGAAGUAGUUGGUGUCAUGUCUAAUCUCAUGAAGUACUUUGAUGGCCAUGAGCAGCCGUUGCGAUAUGAAACCACAGAGGAAGUUGAGGGUGGACUACAGACUCAAGACUCCUGUUAUUCUUCAAGUCAUUCUACAUACUCAAGAACAGGAAGUACUACUCAUAAUACAGUCAUUAAAGCUUCAGACAGAACAGAAGUAGUAGAACAAGAACAAGAGGUUACAGUCAUUAAAGCUCCAGACAGGACAGAAGUAGUGCAACAAGAACAAGAGUAUACGCCACCAUCUAAUGUCAUCACUACACAAAGACUAAGACUUGACAGCUCAUCAAGAAAGAGAGACCCAGAGUAUAACAAAAAGAGACGAUCCGCUGAAGUUCUUGGCUUCAAGAGACAAGAAGACCAGUGGGAGGAGAAACAAUCAACUCCGCCUAAUCCUCUAAUACAUGGGUUUGUAUGGCCACAAACCUUACCAGAGUCUUCCGUAACUUACACUCAUCGCCGUUCUAAUUCCCAUGGCAAGAUCGAUUCCUUCUUAGAUAUCCCAAACCCAGUACCCAUUAUUCAAUCUGUGCCUUCAACCCCAACCACCCACACCUCGCCUUCAUCUUCUACUGUCUCAGCAUAUGCUGUACCCAGAGUUACCCCACUUCAACGCCCACAUUCCAGUCACCUUCCUCACUCACAAACAGCCCCAUAUGACUUGUAUGAGUUUGAUCCCAUGAAUAUGAAGCAACGAUCUAACUCUGAUGAUGGUACGUUCCUUAGUUCUGAUGAGAGGUCUUCAUUGACUGGGUUGAGUCAUAGUGUACAAGUCUUGCCUCAGGUUAGCGAUGAUACACAGAGACACACAUCUUAUCUUACUACUCAGCAGUUUGGUAAAGGAGAAAGACCUGUCCGUAGUGUCUCAAUGGAACAUAAACACUCUGGUACCUUUGAGGAAGAGACUGUUAUUCCUAUGGCAUAUAUGACUCUGGAUCACCAUCUUAGGCCUCUUGAGCCCAACCCUAAUUCCAGAGAGUCAAUGGAAAUCUUUGCUACACACCGACAGGCUGCCCAGGAGCUGGUUAGAAUACAGACAGAAAUGGCUCUCUUUCAUCAAAGAAAGAAAGAGUUAGCGGAUCAGCUAGAUCAAGAUUGGAAGGAUCAGCAAGAUAGUUUGAGAAUGAUUGAUGAGCAUAAUGAGUUACAACGAGAAAAGGAGACACUGAUGGAAGUACACAAGAAUCUAAGAUCUCAACUUGAUAUAAUCAGAGCCCAAGUUCAACGCAAACAGAAGUUACUUGGUAGAAAGUUGUAACCAAUUGAUGAUUGAGAUCAACUCCAAACAACCCUUUGCCUGACUUCACAUACUGCUACUGGUGCUCACAUGGUCAGCCAGUGGUCCACCCAUGGUCCACCCAUGGUCAGCCCAUGGUCAGCCCAUGGUCAGCCCAUGGUCAGCCCAUGGUCAGCCCAUGGUCCGCCCAUGGUCCACCCAUGUCCACUCAUGUUAAGAGUUGGUGUGCAUCUAUAACUGCUCAUGUGACACUUAACAUGGGCGGAAGUAUUCUUUAUCUGUGAUUGCUGAUAUAAAUCUCAGAAAUCUAAGAAAAUGCUUUGUAUUUAAGAAAGUCUUACUUUUAGUGUAAACUUUUAUGUUUUUUAAUCGGUUAUAAAUUAGACUAUUAUCUUUUAAAAUAAAUGUUUCUUUCAAGACAGCUAUAUUUUUAAACUGAUCAAAGUUUUACAGAAUUUAAGAAUGAGGUAAAAAUUGCUUCUUUCUCUCUCAAUUUUGUUAAUUUUAUAGUUAAAUAAUAGGACAUUUCUUUCCCACAAUACUUAUGCAUGAAUAAAAGAAAGUUAUCCCAACCUUGAAGUUUUAAACAUGGAUUACAAGGAAUUUAAAAUUUCAAGAAUAUUACUUGAGGCUUAUCAUGAUAUACCAAUGCGUUGGAGUUUUAUUGUUUUCAUUUAUUCUCUUGUUUAAUAAAGACUUGAAAUUAGCUGACAUCAAACAGUUGUAUAUUGAAGAAAUAAAUAAACUGAAUAAUACAAAAUGUUGUUGGUA